CCUCCAGCCCCAACAUGGCGUCCUCCACCAGCCUGCCCUCUAACUGUAGCAGCUCUUCUGGGAUCUUUUCCUUCUCCCCUGCCAACAUGGUGUCGGCCGUCAAGCAGAAGAGCGCCUUCGCCCCUGUGGUGCGACCUCAGACCUCACCCCCACCCACCUGCACCAACGGCAACGGUCUCCAAGAUCAGUCUUUUGUGGACUCUAGCAAGUACUCCACAGCCAGCUCGCUGCAGGGCCUGGCCUUUUCCUGAAUGAUUCCUGGAAUGAUCGUUCCUCCCAUGUAAGCGAUGUUUGGGUAUGAGAGGAAAGACUCAGGCGUGGAUCUCAGCAUGUACCCAAGGAUCCAGUUGAGGACUGGUUCGUCAGUCCUGCGUUGAAGGAAUAGAACCCGUAACUCAGGCCCUUUUUAAAAGGAAUCACAUUUGAAC